GUGGCUCAAACGUGGAGCAGGGACGCAGCUGCAGCGCGCGGCUCAUUGUUUCACUCGGAAUUCUCUACGGCUCCGUGGCUCCGUACAUCGAGGCGUUGCACUGGACUCUUCAGACCAAAAGCGAAGAUCUUGACGUGGAUAUCUAAAAGGACAUUAACAGAAGUCGGCUCUGAUUGGCCAGAUCCAUUGGAAAACGUACCCUACAUUGGCAUUCACGACAGGGAAUGAAACUGGAUGGGGUUACCAUGGAGACCACAGAACCCACAGAUGCUGCGGCCGUAGUUGAGCCCGCCAACCCACCAGAUGACAACUCCACUGAGCUGAGUACAGCACCGCCAGAGGAAGCUACAGGAAAUGGUGCCCCCAAGACUACACCUGCUGCCAAUGGAAAGGCUGCAGCAGCUGCAGGUAAACAUAAACCCACAACAACAAAAAAACAGGCUCCAUUGUCCAGGACUGAGUCUGUGCCUGGAUCAAGAGCCGCUAUGACCUCUCGGCGCCCGGGGGCUGAUGUCAAACCUAUGAACAAUGUCGCGUCAAGGAAUGCCCCUGCCAAAAAGCCCCUCAUCCAAAAGCCUCCCACCCAAGGGACCACGGCAGCGCCCAAAAAAACACAGGCAGUUUCUACAGGAAGUGCAUUGACAACAAAGGCUCAAGUCAAGAUCCCUGACAAGAAACCUCCUGGACCUGCCUCUGGUGCCACAGCAACAUCUAAUGGAACCAGACCAGCCAGUGCCGCUCUUAAGAAAACCAUGGCUACGUCGAAACCCAAACCUGCAGGUCCAGUCGCUCGACCAACGGGAUCCACGGCUCCAAAAGCAGGAACUUCCACUUCGACAAAACCUGAUCCUUCUGCUUCCAUGAAGACUGCCAGAGCUGCCACAGCGCCCUCGAUGUCCCGAGCAGCGGCCAAGCCCCCCUCCGCAGCAGCGGCCAAGCCCCCCUCCGCAACAACAGCCACGGCCAAGCCCCCCUGCACUGUGAGAACUACAGCCUCCAGAGCAGCCACAGCGCCCCCCUCUGGCAGAAGCACAGCAGCACCACCCAGUAAAGCUGCUGGACCUGCCAAGAAAGAUGUCAGUCGGCCUGCUGCUGCUGUGGCCAGAAAAGGACCACUGGCUUCAGCUAAAAAAGCAGAAGUCUCCAAACCGGCAGCAAACAUGAAGCCAAAGGUCGAUCCUAAACUUCCACCAAAGCCCAACACAACAAAGACCUCAGUUGUGGCUGCUGCUCGACUCCCAGCAGUGACCCAACUCGGCCCGACCCCACCUGGCUCCCCAGUCAGCAGGGCUUCAUCGGCCACCAACACCCCCCGAUCCAAACUCGCAAGCAAGCCCACUCAGGCAGUCUCCCCCUUUAUUGCCGGCAAGAGGCCAGAGCGAACUGGAGCAGCCAAAGGAGCUAAAGUAGCUUCAGAUAAGGCCGGAGUGGCCGGAGCGGCCAAAGUGCCCGGAGUGGCGGCAGCGGCAGGAGCAGCUGUGGUGCAGAACACACAAGCAGAACCUGUUAAAGCGUUACCAAAGGAGUCAUCCUCUGAAGCCACCGGGACUGUGGAGGAAGCUGGCGUGAUCUCUGCUCCAUGUGUUGUAUUAGAGACAGAAACUGAACAUGCCACAUCUUCUGCUCCUGAUAAAAGUCGUCUAAGAAUGACCCCUCAGAUCGAGCUACAGCAACCACCCUGUGAUCCCUCUGGGUCCACACUCGAGCCUGCUCCAGCUGCAGCCCUGGUCUCUGCAGUACCUCCACCUUUACAGCCUGAAAAGGCUUCCCCUGUAACGGAAACUCAAACUUCUCACCCGCCGAUGCCCACGCUAGCUCCUGAAAAUGAGCACCCUCUGAUUCCUACCCACAACCUCAACGAAGAUGAGGAAGAGGAGGAGAAGGAGGGAAGUCAGUUAGUUUCUAUAUCAGAAAUGAGCGGGACCACGCAGCUCACCGAGGAGUCCCGUCCUGGGUCAGCAGGUCCAGCCGGGGCAUCAGCCUGGAGAGUGGGCGGGGCCUUGCUGUCUGAGCUGGACUCUGAGGAGGUGAGUGUGAGUCCGCAUGGCGCCUCGGAGCUCAGCGCGCCCGGGCUCCUGGAGGGCACAGAGAGUAUGGAUGAUCUGGGGGAGGGCAGUCUUAAGGGGGCCAUGGACAUGGAGGGGGCCUCAGCUGGGUCCCCUGACUUUGAAAGGGUCCCUGAGAUCCCAGUGAACUAUGAUGAAGACGAUGAAGAUGAGGACAUGGAUGUGGGAUCAGAGCGGGCAGAUGAACCCCAGAGACAUGACAAUGAUGUAGAUGAUGAUGAGGAUGAAGAUGUGGAGAUGGCCAGUGAGGGCGUGACUGAGAGCGGCCUGGAGAGCUACGGAAACGCAGACGAAGAUGACUUUGCUGAGGAUGAAAGACUGGACAAUCUGAACAGAGUGGUUCAGCCCCCACCCCCUCCUCCUUUGCUCCCCUCAGCUCCUGCUGCACAAUGGGACCAGCCCAAUCCCUUUUCUGACCCCUGGGCAGAUCCUGUCGUACUGCAGCCUCCACCUGAGGCAGAGUCUCCUCUGACUGACCCCUGUCAGGGAGACUCUGAGACCCCAACACAAGAAUCGGCUCAGGCCUGGCUCGAACUUGGCUCUGCAGCUAAUGAAAACCAAGAGGAUCCACACACUCUCUCUGGCAACAAGGCACAGACUCCUGAGCAGAUGUGUUCUGCAGAGCCCGCACUGUCAGGAGUUGCCCCUUGUGCUCCUUGUGCCCCAGGAUCUUCUCCACUGAGAACCAUGACCAGUGCAGCCAGCUCUCCUGAAGAGCCUAAAGAGACGGCGCCGCUGCCCUCUCCACAGCCUGAGCCUGCGCUCCUGCCCUCUGCUCAUGCCCCUGGCUCCAACCCCUCCUCUUCUUCGGUGACGGAGGACGAGGCCAGCGACACAGAGGGCGAGGCUCAGCUGGACGACUCCCUGGAGACUCCGGUCAUCUGCAAGGUCAACAUCAACAUGCAGCCCCAUGGCGCCCGCUGCCUGUCCACAGUGGACGAGGAGCUGGAGGACAGUGGUGCCGCCGAAGAUGCCACGCCUCCGUCGGCUACCUCGCAGGUAUCAUACGGCUUUGACACGACCACCUCGGCAUCCAACUCCAACGCUCAGUCCACGGGCGAGAGCUGCGUGAAGAGUCCCGGCACCUUCUCUCUGGAGGAACUGCCCGAGGAAGCCAAAGAACCGCCUCUGACCCGCCUGCCUCCAGCUCCGCCCAGUUUGUCCGAUCAGCCCUACAUCCAGUGCGGGAAGGACCAUGAGGACUCGGAGCAGGCUGUAGAAAACAAAACGCCAACUCCAGAGAAAGGUUUUGCCCAAUCAGAGUGUGGAGCAGAGGAGCAGAUGCUUCCUCUAGAUGACCUCCAGCCUCCCUACUAUUCGGCUAUUUGUGAAAAGACUGAGAAUUUUGCAGGCUUCACUGCGCUGCUCCACCCACAGCGCCGGGACCACUCCUCCUACCCACGCUCCUAUUGUGACAUCGUCAAGCCGGUCAAUGCCACGCUGGCGUCACCAAAGCUGAGCUGCACCGACCUGCCACCAAGGAGCCCCAAACGCCAGUCCCUUAGUCCACAGCUGCGGCGUCUUGAGCAGCACCAAAGACAUCUGCAGGAACUCCAACAGCGCCGUGAGCAACAGAGCAGACCCAUUGAGGAGGCGGAGCAAGAGAGGAAGAGGAGGGAGGAGGAGGAGGAGAGGAAAAAGAAGGAUGAGGCAGAAGAGGAAAUAAAGAGGAAUAAGGAGGCUCAGGAGAAGAAGAGGGAGGAGGAUGAGAGGAAGAGGCAUGAGACAGAAGAAGAGAUGAAGAGGAAUAAGGAGGCUCAGGAGAGGAAGAGGAGGGAAGAGGAGGAAGAGAGGAAGAAGAGGAAUAAGGUGGAGCAGGAGAUGAAGAGGAAGGAGGAUAAGGAAGAGAGGGAAAAGAUGAUCAGGAGGGAGGAAGAGGGGAAAAAAACAAAUAAGGAAGAGCAGGAAAGGAGGCAACGGGAGGAAGAGGAGGAGGCCAAAAAACAAGAACAACAGAGGAAAGUGCUGGAGCUUCAGCUGCACCAGCAGCAGGUGGAGCUCAAACAGCGGCAGCAGAUCAUACAGUGGCAACAAGAACUACAGGAGUCCAGUAAAGGAACGCCCCUGCUGCUGUCACCCUCCUCUGGACUCUGCACCAUCUAUGAAGCUCUAGAACGUGACGACGAAGAUGAAGAGGAGGCGAAACGUGAGGAAGAGAUGGUUAAUGAGCUAAACCUGGUCACAGGGGAGCGCUUCGAGCCUCCUGAAACACAGAGCACCCAACAGAGACCGAAGAGUCCCACCCAGAAUGGAGACGAUGACGGGGACGCCUCCUCUACCUCCACCUCCACCCCCCCACAGUCCCCCAGGAAGCCUUCACCGCUGGAGCUGGAGUGGGGCAAGAAGGUGGACAUUGUGCAUCAGCUGAUCAAUCAGACUCUGCUGUUGAACGGGGACGGCUGCUCCUCCCUGCUGCUCCUCCCCGGCGGAGCGGGUGGGACUCUGAGCCCUCUGGAGAGCAGCCUGUGGCCCAGCAUGCUCCCGCCCCUGACCCCUCCCUCUGCCACCGUCACCUCUGUGAGCAGCUUCUCCCCUGAAACAAGCGGUGCCUCUUCUCAGGGGGAGUGGACGGUGGUGGAGCUGGAGACACAUCACUAA